AUGGGUGUUUUCGAGGGUGUAUUCCCCCAGUGGGCCUAUCUCAUCGGCUACAACACCGUGUCUUCCUUGUUGUGGCUCUCCAUUUUUGUUUGGACGGGGCGGACAGCUGUGACGGACGGGCUGGGCGCUGUCUAUCCCGCCGUGAGGACCCUCGUGCUCUUUGCGCAGAGCCUAGCGAGCCUGGAGAUUCUGCAUGCUCUCAUAGGCCUCGUCCACGCCCCUGUUCUCACUACCUUUGUCCAGGUUGCAGGCCGCCUGACCGUCCUCUGGAUCGUCAUCGAGGCCUACCCAGCCGCCGCCCAGACUACCUUCUAUACCACCAUGGUCCUGGCCUGGGCGGCGGCCGACGUGGUGCGGUACCUGUACUUCGCCACCAGGCUCGUCGGCGGGCACCAGUACGGAAGGCUGAUCUGGCUGCGGUACAGCGCCUUCUACGUGUUGUAUCCGGUCGGCAUCGCAAGUGAGGUUGGCGUUGUGGCUGCGGCUGUCUCGGAGGCUUGGAGGGCUGGGGAUUCUGGAUUUGCUUGGGGCUAUGUUGCUGCAGCCAUGCUCUAUCUCCCUGCUGCGCCUACACUUUUCAACCACAUGCGCAGGCAGAGACGAAAGGUUCUUGCUUCUGAUAGGAAGUAA